UGGAUCAAAAAAUCACUGUGUGAACUAACUUUUUCAUUAUUAUCUUCUUCUUUGAUACGUUUCGUAUUCAAAUUUCUAUAUUAAAAAAUUAGUCAACUUGUAAAAUAGAUAAUGUGGCAUUGCUCCAGACAAAUUCUAAAAUUAAAAUAUAAUGUAAGAAAUCAUAAUUAUUUCAGAAAUUAUUCUAGACAAAUAUCUGACCAAACGAGGGCAAGUUAUUGGCACACUCGCGGAGAUUUUACUUUUUCUAAUACCACUCUCGGCGAUGUAGUAGACACAGCGGCUGAUAAAUAUGGAGACAGCGUGGCCAUUUCUAUACCAUUUCAAAAUAUAAAUAAGACAUUUACACAGUUAAAACAGGAGGUCGAUCAACUUGCUGCUGGUUUGAUUGGAUUAGGUUUGCAGAAAAACGAUCGAAUUGCAAUUUGGUCUCCAAAUAAUUACGAAUGGAUCCUCUCGAAGUUUGCAGUUCUUAAAGCAGGAUUGAUUUUAGUGUGUCUAAAUCCUGCAUAUAAAGUUGCUGAAUUGCAGCAUACUCUUAACAAAGUGCAAUGUAAGGCUAUUAUCAUGGCUAAAACUUUUAAAUCAGUAAAUUUAUAUGACGUAAUUUGUGAAGCGGUGCCCGAGAUCCCUAACUCCAAUCCGUCUCAAAUACAUUCACAAAAAGUGAGAAGUCUUCAAAAUAUAAUUACACUUACAAGUGAACCUUUACCAGGAACGUAUAAGUUAAAAGAUAUACAAAAAAAUGAUGGAAGUGAAAAUAGAAAAAUUUUUCACCAAAGACAGAAAAUAAUCCAGUUUGAUGAUCCCUGCACUAUUAUGUUCACAUCGGGUUAG